AUGGAAUUAUUAAGGGACCCAUCCAAAGAUCGUGUUGUUAAAACUCUGAAGCCACCUCCUCAUCGUCCUCUCUCCAAUUAGCUCAUGUUUCCAGACAAAUUGAAAAAUAAACCUGACUGGAGAAUAUUAUAGGAUCAUCUAUCUAAAGAAGGAAGAAUUGCAAAAGAAGAUCUCAUCAAAUUAGUUACAGAAUGCAAUAAAAUAUUAAAAAAUGAGGGAAAUCUCAUAUACUUGCAUGAUCCUUUAACAGUUGUAGGCGACAUUCAUGGCCAAUAUUAUGAUUUGGUUAAAAUGUUUGAUGUUGGAGGCAAUAUUGAAACAACUAAAUAUUUAUUUUUGGGCGAUUUUGUUGACAGAGGCUCAUUUUCAAUAGAAGUGGUCGUUCUGGCAUAUGCAAUUAAGAUCAACUUUCCAAAUACUGGAAACCAUGAAUGUAGACAGCUUACAAGCUUCUUCAAUUUUAAGGACGAAUGCCUCUAUAAGUAUGACCAAGAAACCUACGAUUUACUGAUGGACUCCUUCGAUCUCUUUCCCCUCGCCUGUGUAGUGAAUAACAAGUUUCUAGCUAUCCAUGGAGGUAUCUCUCCAGAUUUAAAAACGCUUGAGGAUAUAAAAAAAAUUGAUAGAUACCAUGAACCACCUAGAAGCGGACUAUUUUGUGAUAUCUUAUGGAGUGACCCAGUUGACAAUGAUUAAGGAUCAUUAGAUAAUGGAUGGAGAGGAAAUGAAGUUAGAGGAUGCUCUUGGUUUUUUGGAGUUGAAGCUGUGCAUAGAUUUCUACAAAGGAAUAAUCUCAUUUCUGUAAUCAGAGCUCAUGAAGCAUAAUUGGAAGGGUAUAAAAUGCACAGAUGGAAAGGGAGCUAAGAUUUUCCAGUGGUCAUUACCAUCUUUUCAGCUCCCAAUUAUUGCGAUGUCUAUAAAAAUAAAGGAGCUGUUAUCAAAUUUGAAAAUAACACACUAAAUAUCUAACAAUUCAAAGAUACUCCUCAUCCAUACUUAUUACCAAACUUUAUGGAUGUCUUUUCUUGGUCGAUACCAUUUGUUACAGAAAAAGUUACUGAAAUGUUAUAUAUGCUAUUAAAACACGAGGAUUAAGACCAAGAGAGCGAGAAUGAUAAAAUUAACUAAUAAGAUAUAGAAAAAUUUAAACAGAUUACUCAAUCCGAAUAAUCAAAAACAUAUGAGAAAAAUAAAUCACUUCAAAAAUAACUCUCCAGAAGUGGAAAAGAAAAGCUUAGAUCUAGACUGAAAUUUGUAGCUACUAUGAUGAAAAUGCAAAAAACUCUAAGAGAAGAAAACGAAAGCAUCGUUUAACUAAAAGGAGCCUGUCCAGAUAAAAGAUUGCCGAAAGGAUUGCUACUGCAAGGCAAAGAAGCAAUUACUGAUGCUUUAUAAGAAUUUAAUUACAUGAAAUUAGCAGAUAGCAUUAAUGAAAAAAUGCCAAACAUUUAAAUUCCUUAGCAAUCGAUUUAAAUAAAAAAGCCAGGAUAAUCCUCAAAAAAAAAAUGA